UAUCCACCAUUUUGGAUUCACCAUAGAGAUCCUAAACGCUCGUUUUUCUCUUAGUAUAUAUAGAUCUAUAUCUAAGCGUUUCGCAAUCACUAAUUAUUUACUAAUUACAGCUUAAAAGUGAAUUCUAGUAUAUAGACCCAUUCACAGUUAUGCCUCCUAAAAGAAAACAGGAAAGAAUUGAAGACGAAGAGGGGAUACCAGUGAAGAUAUACUGUUAUGCUUCUGGGGGACGUGCAACAAGAUGGUACAAUCCGGCAGAAAAAAAACCAGGCACAUCAAAGUCUAGAAAAACCGGAAACUUUACUACUAAUGAUAAUUUAGAAAUGAUACAAAGUGAUGCUGAAGAUGAAGAAGAUGAACAAAAAGAAUCUGCUUACACUAUUAACAAAAACAAAAGAUUAGCAGUUUGGCAAGAUCUACGGGCUAAAUUUAUUGCUGUUGGAUUAGCAAAACUGGAACGCAGUUUUAAAAACUGCACAUUUUGCUCAUGUCCAAUAGAUACAGGUGCACAUUAUCGAUGUGAUGACUGUGCACCUUUUGCCAUGGAAAUGUGUGGAUCUUGCCUGCUACAACAACAUGCCUACCCACACCUUCACAUGUUCAGCAUUUGGCAGGAUGGAACAUUCAUGCCAUGCAGCCAGAAUAUUUAUGAGCACCAGAUUUGGCAAAUACCACAUGACUGUAAGGGUGAAAAAACAACUAGCCAACUAAUCAUUGUUGAUCAAAAAGGCAGAGAACACAUCAGAAAGAUUAUGUUUUGUAGCUGUGAGGAGCAACCUGUAACACUACUGAAAUUGGGUCUCUGGGCAGGCUCUCCAAUGAUACCAAAAGUGGCAUAUCAUGUUGAACUGUUCGUUCAAAUGAGAAGUCUUCUUUUAGAAGGCCAUGUGCCCAUUAAAACAUUUUGCAGCUCUCUGGAAUUUAAUAGUCCUCCAGAAGCUAGACGCAUUUCUCAGUUUAAAAAUAUAUACUCUUCAUGCUUUUUAGAAGCAUUUGAAGAAUUUAAACAUUACAUGUAUGGGGUGGAACACCCUGUUGAAUUUGUUGAUGGUCUUGAUGAUGGCACUCAGUGUCCUGCUUGCUUUAAUGCUUCAACCAAAAUCAUCUGCCUGGAUGCAGAUUUUCAACUUGUGCGGAAAGCAUCAGCAGGGAGACAAUGGGAAACGCCAACAAGACAGGUUUUUUUCCAUCAACAAGAUGCUGUUGAAACAUUUGUUUCAACUUAUAAGGAAGAAAGUGUUGCAAAUGAUCAGUGUUCGGAUUUCCAAGCCGGAAACAAUCUACGAUCAAAAUCCAAAAACGUAAAACUUUCGGACAAAGGUAUAUUUGGGUCAGUCUGUCGACAUGAAAUUCCCAAUAAAUUUGCCAGUUUAAAACAUGGAGAAAGACUUGCUUAUCCAGUGUACUUUCUAGAAAAACUUGUAGAUAAUUUUCAAGGAAGCAAGCUCAUCAUAUCAUAUGACAUCGCUUGUAAGCUAAAUAAACAUUUGCAGAAAAAUAACCCAGCCUUACUAAAAAAAUGUCAGAUGAUGGUGCCAAUCUUCCAUUGCUAUGGUCAUCAAAGACAAUGUCAGAUAUUAUAUCAUCCAAGGAGAAUUGAGGGAGUUGGAUUGACAGAUGGAGAAGGGAUAGAAAGGCUUUGGUCUUAUUUAGGCAAGUUUUCAAAAAUUUGUAAAGAAAUGAAGCCUGAAACUAGACAAGAUAUGCUGUCAGAUGGACUUCUACAUUUUAGUGAGAGAAAAAAGAAGAAUAUAGGCCACUCUUUAGUUGCACGGCUCGGAAGAGCAACUAUAGUCAAAGAAACUGCCAUCAAAUCUUUGGCAGAGUUACAACAGCUUCACCCAGACAUAAACCAAGAAAUUAUAUCAAAAUGGACUAAAGAAGAAGUUGAAUCUGUUCAAAAGGAUAUAAGCAUGAAAAAAUCUGCAAAGAAGGAUUCAUUUCUGCUAAUACAGAACUUUGCUAUUGAGCGUCAUUUUUUGAAGGAGCAGAUCAGGAAAUAUGCAAGAGGCCAAUCAAUUGCUAAGAGAAUUAGCAGACAACUUUCCACAAACGCUAAGAAACUGCAAAAAGCUAUAGAUGAUCACAACAAAUCAGAACUAAUCCCAGUUACUUUUAAUCAAGUUAUAAAUUUAUCUGAUUCUUCAUGGGUUCAAAAUUAUGGGAUAGAGCUUUUAAAAAGGCAAACAAUUGAUUUAAAUAAUAUUAUUUUAAGAUGUCAUGAAGAAGAUGAAUUGAUUAAAAAAGAAAUGAUUUCUGUUUUAAAUUUUUAUGAACUUCAAAUUAAUCACAUAAAUGAAGCUUGUAGAAUAAUCAUUACAAAAUUUCGACCUAGACUUUUUCUUGACAUGUUUAGAUUAAAAUUGUACUUUAAUUUUCUUCUUGAUUUAUUUACACCCUUUCUAUCUGAUCUUAAAUUUUCCAAAUUUGCUGUUGUUAAUGAACAUGAUUUUGUUAAUUUUGAAAAUAGUGAAGAUAUUUUAAGUAUAGACUCAGGUGAGGUAGAUGCCAAUAGUUCAAUGAUUGAAGAUGAGGAUGAUGAAGAUACUGAUGUUUAAUUUACAAUGUUGUUUUACUAUAACUUUUUGCUGCUGUAUUAGCUUAGUCAUAUUAGCCUUUUUAAAAUUAUAACCUAUUUUGUAGGUUAGAUCUGUAUUAUAUAUGGUUGGUUUUCUUACCCUACGUUAUAAAUACUUUUAAUGCAUGUAUGUGUUCUAGCCCAAAUGACAAUAGGUUGCUUUAACAGCCUACCAUUAUUUCAAUUAAAUAGUUUUUGUUAGUUUUUACACCAAUCAAUACAUUGUCUUGAUUGUAUAGAAUUUUUUUUAACACAUUAUCUUUGUUAAGUUUGAAACAUGCAUAAUGAUAAGCUCUUACCAGUCUUGAUGCAAUUUUUUAGUCUAACAGAGUAUGUACAAAUGAGUGUCAUAUGUGAUACAAAUUUAAUAACAAAAAAUUGUAUGCCCAACAAACUGUUUUUAUUUUAAUGAAGACCUACUUCCACUGCUGCUAUCAUAAUUAUAAUUUCCAUUUGAAUUUUAUGUUGCUGAUCUAUUAACUUCA